AUGGCGGCAGAUUAUAAGAGAUAUUUGGCUGAGAACGUGCUUAAUGAGAAGCGCACGGUGACCUACCGACUGCUCAGUCGAGCUCUAAAAAUCCACAGCAACCUUGCCAAGCAGAUGCUCUUCGAUUUUCACCGAACCGAAAAUGCAAAGCGGUCAAAGAGCGUGUCAGCGACGUAUCUAAUCUGCGGGGUUCAAGCAUCGGGGAAAAAGUCGACUGAGAAUGGAGUAUCAAAUGACGAAGAUGUGCCAAUGAAGAGCAGUCCCUUUAUGAGUUCCAUGCCGCAGCCAGAUGAGACGGAGCAAUCUAUUCCAGUCACUACAUUUGUCCUGGCCAGGGAAGAGGACCUCGAAGGCGCGAAAGCUAGCUUUCAGUCCAUCUCAAUGAUUCACGUCUAUAGUUUGCAGGUAAAUGCGCUUCAGGACCUGAACGCUCUGUCAGAUGUGAGCCGCGAAAUCCUCUCCUCCUACGGACACGAAGACCCUCUCGAACACGGAAAACAAUGGGGAAUGAUACAGAAUGAACACGUCAAACGAAGAAAAGCAACGAGACCACCACCUCCGGCUGCUGCACCUGCGGCCCCAAAGCCCAGCACUCCUACACAGGAGCCCCCACAAAAGGAGAGUGAUCAAGAGACUACGUCCAAACCGCCACCGCAGCAGAAGAAUGAAGGGAAACCAGAAAAGCCAGCACCGCAGCGGAAGAAGGGGGAUCUGUUUUCUUCCUUUGCCAAGACGAAGCCCAAGACGAAAACCGAGUCUGCAGCAGGCGCCGAAUCUGCCAAAAAAGAUAGUUCUACAAGUGGCAUAUUUGGUGGAGAUGAUGCGGACGAAGGAGAAGACGGAGAUGUUUUUGUCAAUAGCACGGAAGACAAAAACACGUCCACGCGAGAAUCACGCAAGGAACGGGAAGCGAGGCUGAAGCAAAUGAUGGAGGAUGACGAUGGUAGAGUGCACCGGCCUCUCUAUCAUGGCCGUACUGACGCUUGUAUAGAUGAAGAGAUGCCCGAUGCGUCUGCGGAAUCAGCAGAGGAACCCGAACCAGAACCAGAACCCGAGCCCGAACCUGAGCCAGAGCCAGAGCCCAAGGCUGAACCGGAAGAGCCAAAGCAAGAAGUCACUGUUUCAAACGGGCGUCGCAGGGGCAAGCGAAAGGUCAUGAAGAAGAAAACAAAAAAGGACGAGGAGGGCUAUCUUGUUACUGUCGAGGAGCCUGUCUGGGAAUCCUUCUCUGAGGACGAGCCAGCAGCGCCACCAAAGAAGAAGCCUGCUCUCAGCUCAACUGGGUCGAAAGGAAAGAAAGCCGGGCAAGGCAAUAUCAUGUCAUUUUUCUCAAAGAACUGGGCCCGAUCCGUCUCUCAAAGUCGAGGUGUAUAUAAGGCCGCAUUAGUUCCUUCCUGUGUGCUGCUCACGAGUCACCACCACACUCCCCGCAUCGCCAUGGUUUCUGCUGCUUCAACUCCGGCCGCCAUCGCGCUGGCUCUGCUUGCUGGCCAUUGCGCUGCCAAACAGCCUCGUGACGAUCCGGCUCUGCUUCGCCGCGCGUGUCCCGACUAUCUCGACUAUUCUCAGGUGCCGCAUGCUCCUUACAGCGAUGGUCCGUUGAAGCUUCCCUUUCAACGACCAGCGCCAGAAUGCCGCACGUUUUCGUCACAGUCUGUCGAGAAAGUCAUCUCUGAUGUGACAUCCCGGCUGGUGGACAAGGAUCUCGCCCAGCUGUUCACCAAUGCGUUGCCAAACACCCUGGAUACCACCGUAGCCUGGCACGUCAACGGCACCAGCAAGCAGAAGCGGGGGAACCAUUACAAGCGCAACGUCUCCGAGUCCUGGCAGGGCGCCCAGUCGUUCAUCGUAACCGGCGAUAUUACAGCUGAGUGGCUGCGUGACAGCACCAACCAGCUAGAGCCGUACCAGCCGCUGGCAAAGAACGACGAGGCCCUCUACCAGCUCAUUCUCGGCGCUAUCCACACGCAGGCCGAGUUUGUCAUUCAGUCUCCGUACUGCAAUGCCUUCCAGCCGCCUCCUCCCAGCGGUCUCAAGGCCACCGCCAAUACUCAGAAGGACACCGUUCACCCUACGUAUGACUCCUCCGUGGUCUUCGAAUGCAAGUACGAGCUCGAUUCCUUGGCAGCUUUCCUGUCACUGGGUAAUCAGUUCCACAACGCGACCGGGUCCACUGAGUACCUCACUGAUCGGUGGUACAAGGCAUUGAACACUGUUUUGGAGUUGCUGGAUGCCGAGUCGCAGCCGACUUUUGACACCAAUGGCCAGUUCGUCAGCAACGUAUACACUUUCCAGCGACAGACCACACUGGGAACGGAGACUCUGACCUUGACUGGAGAGGGAAACCCUCUCAACAAGGGCACUGGCUUGAUUCGCAGUGCAUUUCGACCCAGUGACGACGCGACCAUCCUCGGAUUCUUCAUUCCGCCUAACGCCAUGAUGGCCGUUCAGCUGGGCAAGACUGCCAACGCAGUUGAAAAGGCCGGCGGAGACGUGAAUCUCAUCAAUGACCUGCGCAUCCGAGCCAACAACCUUCGUGAGGCUGUGCAGAAGUACGGCAUCGUCAACCAUCCCGCCUAUGGCGAAGUGUACGCCUUUGAAAUCGAUGGUUAUGGCUCUCACAUUUUCAUGGACGAUGCCAACAUCCCCUCGUUGCUGUCCCUGCCUUACUUGGAAUUCGUCGAGGCUGAUGACCCGGUCUACCAAACCACGCGCAAGAUGAUCUUGGAGGCAGAUGGAAACCCUUACUACUUGAGCGGUUCGGCUUUUAGGGGAAUUGGUGGCCCGCAUAUCGGUCUAACUGCUGCUUGGCCCAUGUCUCGCCUGGUCCAGGCGCAGACGAGCAACGACGAUGCCGAAAUCAUAGACUCGAUCAACGCCGUUGUCAACUCGAGUCUGCUGGGCCUGGUCCACGAGUCGAUCAAUGUCAACAACAUAACCGAUUACACGCGUCCCUGGUUCUCCUGGGCCAACUCUCUGUUUGCGCAGACCAUCCUCAAGGUUGCUGAAGAGCGUCCUCAUUUGAUUUUUGACAGCGACAAGCCGUACACGGUUCCUUCUUAA